AUGGACAAUACACCAUUGCGAAGGAAAGAUACUACGAAAGGCCCUCCCUUGAGGGUGCUUUCUCUAGAUGGGGGUGGCGUCAGGGGCUACUCGAUGCUAAUCCUCCUGCAAGAGUUGAUGUACCGGACAUACGUCGAAUGCGAAGGGCAGGCUCCCCGACGAGAUCAAAUUCCGAAGCCAUGCGACUACUUUGACCUCAUCGUCGGCACGGGCACGGGCGGGUUGAUUGCUAUUAUGCUGGGUCGACUCCGUCUGGACUUGGAAAAAUGCAAGGAGAUGUACGUGCGCAUGACAAAACGGGUGUUUGAAACGGACAAGACCAUCGCGGGCAUCCCGUACCGGUCGACGCUCUUCAAAGCAUCGAGGCUGGAAGAGGCAAUCCGGCAAUGUGUUCGCGAACAUACCAUCUACGAGUCUGAGGGGAAUGACUACAAUGCCAGCACUGCUGAGAUUACGAGCCCCGUACACAAUAUCCCUCAGCGCACUCUCAGUCGUUCAAGUAUAAGUUCCAGCAAUACAUCGCGCCCACCAGCAACUCCUACGAGCCAAAGGAACUCGAUAUUUGUCAACGGGUUUCGAUUCGGAAAUCCCGAUGCUGCGCUGUAUGAUAACCGCGAAUUCCGUACCAAAACAGCCGUGACUGCCAUCUACAAAGGCUCAAAAGCAAACGCACCCCCAGUGCUACUACGCUCCUACGACUCGAGAAGAGAACCACCCCCCGAGUUUGAAUGCACAAUCUGGCAGGCUGGCCGCGCCACAUCGGCUACUGGACUGGCCUUUAAGCCUAUCCAGAUUGGACAGCACGUGUUUAUCGAUGAAGGUGCUGGCACGUACAACCCGGCACCGCUUGCACUCGACGAAGCCGCCAUGAACGAAUGGCCUGGCCGAGAGGUUGGAGUGUUUGUCAGUGUGGGAACAGGAAAACGCCCCUCGGGGACCAGCCAUCGUCAACACGAAUGGUGGGAGGACUUUGUCGGAGAUGCUCUGGGCACGUUUGCUGAAGCGCGGCGACGCCUGAUGUCGAAGAUUGAGGGCUGCGAGGAGAUCCACCAAAAAAUGCUGAGGGAGCACCUGGCGAAGCGCAACGUGAAGAAAGAAAACUAUUACCGAUUGAACGUGGAAGUCGGCGUUGGUGAGUUUGGCAUGAACGAGUGGAAUCGACUUGCCGAUAUCAGCACCAGCACUCGCCGGUAUCUUUCCAAAGCAGAAGUUCAGGGUAUGACUUUGGAUGCUGCAUCGAAGAUGGCUCGGAUUGAACGGAUGCAUCGCCGCCUUGCAUCGCGCACAGCCAACGCAGAACCCGAUGUUGUAUCUCCCGUUGCGCCUGCAAUCGUCGUGCCGCCACCUUCAAACCCGAUUGCCAUCGAACUUCCAGCCGACGAUAUUCCUAUUGACCAUCGGCCUCAUAGCUUCAGCUUCAGCAGCAGCAUACCCCCUCGCGUUUCCGAUGAGAAGAUUGCAAUCAUGGGGCCUGAUGAACUGGCGCCGCAAGACGCAAACGCGAUCCGCACAUCAGGAGAGUAUCGGCCUAGCCCAGUAUCUUCCGGAUCACCGCGCCGUAGUGGUGAGCUGGAGACGAAUGCUCCCCCACCUCUACCUCCAAAGACACCCAUCCCGUAUCCAGACGACGGUGGAAGCACUGCAGGAAUCUCGAUGCCCCUUCCAGGUGGUCCCCGAAUUGCUCAACCGCAGGCACCUUUGAACCACCCUCGUCCGCCAUACCCGGAUGGGCCACCUGUAGUCAAUAAACUGCGGAAGCCGACAUACAAUGUGAGGUGA